AUGUGCGAUUUUGUUAUAAAGAAAUCCGGCAAAAAGAUCACAUCUGGAAGCGUGUGGCCUGGUGCAACCGAGAAUUUUAUGGUUGAUGGUCAAUGGCCCGUUGUCUCUGCCACUCAGCAGUGCCGAAUUACAAUGAGUGGACUGUCCGACAUUGAUCAAUAUACUAUUACCUUAUGCGACAAAAAAGAAGACGAGACUGUGUCCUCAGACGGGCGAAAUACUACUGUUAUUUCCUCACAUGGAGAAUGGUGUUGA